UUGGCCUGCUGGGUGAGCUACUGCCCUCCUUCUGCCAUGAAGUGCAUGGUGGACACUCACAUCCUCAAAAUACCUACAAACAACAGAAUAAUUUUGCAGUUAUUUUUAUUCAAUUAAUGCAACUUGUUUUAUAGUGUUAUAAAUUACAAUUCUAUACAAUCAAUGCUGUGUCUCCUUCAAAAUGUGUGAAGUUAAGAGUAAUUUAAAUGGCAGCUGUGAUGAUUUUACAUUAGAUGCUGCACUCAAUAUUACUGCACUGGCUGUGAAAAAAGGUCCUGUUGCAUUAUGUUCUGCUAUAUAUUAUCUUAUCAAUGAGAACAAAAGGUUGAAGGCUUGGAUUCAAAUUCUCGAAGAACAGUUGGAGAAUGUUACUAAAAAGCAAGUGGAGCGUCAGGAAGAGCCACUCUGCUGCUGUCAAGAUCUUUCUUCAGGCACAAAAAUACCUCAUGAAACUGGUGCCAUCCCAAAACGUUUUAUGGAAUCAAAGCAAGGGUGUCAAUCUUUACAGAAAAAUUGUAGAGAGAGCGACACACAACAUAAAAUGUGUAAAUUACAGAUGGAGAAACAGGCCAUGUUGGACCAUUCAUUUGGUGCAGACUCUGGAAUACAGCUUUCUUAUAAGGAAUCACAGCCUCACUUUAUAAGUCCUCAGAAUGCCUCGUCUGAAAAUUUUUGUAGUUCAAAUCUCCACUCCUCAAAGAGUUCAGAUUCAUUCAAAUCUUCCUUAGUUCGAAGAAGUUUCAGAAGAGCUUCAGAAUUAGGCAGUUAUGAUAGAGAUUCAUUCCGGACUGUGCUUCUGAAGAGCAUCAGAAGAAGAGUUUCCUCUGAUUCUUGCAAUGGAGAAGGGUUUUCUGCCGCAUCUUCAUCUAGCUCUAGCAGCAAGCCUGACUCAUCUGCAGUGGACCAAUCAAGUGAUGUUGAUGACGCUCUUCUAGCCUUUGCUUCAGAGCAUGGAAGCACCAGUAGAAAGCUAUCAGUGAUGCCAGUGGAGGUGCAGUUUCAUCACAGUCCAUCUGGAGAGGAUGAAUUGUCUCCUGUAGAAGAUGAACGACAUGAAUUGGUUCCUCUUGAGGAAAUUGCUAGUAUGACGGACGAUGAUUCUGAUCUGAUGUCACCCUGCCCUCUGUCAGGAUGCCUUUGUGUUUCCUGUGAAGCCUUACAACUUGAAAACCCAGAUUUCAUGUACUUUAUAGAUGAUCAAUUCGCCAGCGGUACACUGAACGUCGGCACAUCAGUUGUGUGCAGAUUUGGGGGGCCGGAGCCCGUGUCUGUUGUCUACUUGGGCCACGAGCGUCAUGCUCAGCCUGCACAUCCUGACGAUGCCUUGCCUGUAGGAGUUGUGGUGCUGUGCCCUGAUGGACGAGAGCAAUUUGUUGCCCUGAACAACAUCCUCUUCGUUGAGAAUGAUGGCACAGAGUCGCUGGAUGUGGACUCGCUAGUAGAAGAGGAUUUUACUGAGCCCAAUCUUGGCUCAAUGUCACGAAACAAUUCUGUAAAUUACAGCUCGGAUGUUCAAUGUGAAUCGGCGAAUCACGAUUCAAUCAUGCAGCAUCAAAGAGAAAUCUGUGACGAAAAUGCAAUCGACAGUAAAAAAAUUGAAAUUCAUGAUUACCUGAAAGGAGAACCUGUGUUCGUGAAUGAUGACUCAUCCGUGCAAUCUGAAAAUUACAUUAAUGAUGAGAAUGACAAUUUUGUUACAUUUCAGACUCAAAUUUUUGAGUGUAAUCUUGAAAAAUCUAAACAAUGUGAGAAUGAAGAAAGUGACAUGCAAGCUGUGACAAAAAUUGCAACUCUGAACAAUGGGGAGAAUUUUUGUGCAAGCAAUUCAUACGCACUUGACCAGAACAUUAAUUCCGUUCAGGAACGAAUUUAUCUAGGCUGUGACAAGUCUCCUUAUUCGGCUGACAAGGAGGAAUCUAUUUUAAAUCGUGCAACGAAGUCCUCAGAGUUAUCUUCAUACACCAUCGAUUCAACUUCAUUCGAAUAUGAUCCACAUCAAUCAAGAAAAUCAGUUUCCAAUUCAGGAUCCCGAGCUUCAGAUGACCACAGAAGUCAUGCAGAAUAUGAUUCUAAUGAUCAAGAAGAAUUUACACAAAGGAGAAAUUUUGAACAAGCCUCGAGGUCAUUCGAGAAAACUGUUCAAAUUAAAACUCUUCAAGAUGCAUCCAAUGCAAAAACUUUGCAAUCAUCAUUUCUAAAACAGUGUGGUUGUGGUUCAUCUCGUGUCGAGGUUUGUAAUUCAAAUUACCAAAAUGCUGCCUCAGCAAAUAAAACAGAAAUUGAGGGAUUUGUCAAAGGUAGAAUUGCAAUCCCACAAGCGGCAACGGAUAGGGGUGAAACUGCUCCAGAAACAAUGCACUCAAAUGCAUUUUUAAAUGAAAUCUUCGAAGCUGAUGUUGCAGCAUUCCAAUGUACGUCGUCAGCUGAUCUUCAUGACUCUGCUUCUCGCAAGUCCUGCAAUUUACCUCUACGUUCAUUUAACUCUCUGAGGGUAAGUGGUAACAAAUAUGAACAAGCAAAAACUAACGAGGAUUUUUGCGUGAAAUCAUCUAGAAGGCAAAAUCAAUUACUGGAUGCUUCACAAAAUGACGAUCUUUUAAGAUGUCUAGAAACCGCCUUGAAUGUACAAGACUGCAAAGGCGACCAACGUUCAGGCGCUAGUCAGCACAAUCACAAGGGUCCACUAGACGGCAAACGAGAGCAUCGUUUCAUUAACACAAGUGUCUUGCAGUCUGUCCACGGGAGGAACGACAACACGGCAGCUCCUUCUGGUAAUGUUCAUGACGUUCGCAUCAACAUGCGCAGCUCAAUGUCAUCAGGUGGCAUUGGUGCAGCUGGGGCUCCCUCAGGAGAUAUCUUCAACAGAGCACUCAAAAUUAUUCGACGACGCAGUUCCUGCUCUGAUUCUUUUAGUCUUACUGACGUGUCUCAUGUCUGAGCAAAGUUUUCUACAAAAUUAGCUGCAAUUGUAGUCUUAAUGGCAAUUAAAUAAUUUAUUUACGCCUCAAUUGAAUUUUUACAGGUGGUUUUUGGAGUACUCGCUUGCUAGUCUAAUAUCGCGAAUAGCUUUAUUAUUAAUAUAAUUUGUUCAGUUCACAAAUUAAUUCAGAA